AUGAACGGAGAUGCAAAACCAGACAAUGGAGUCGGUUCAGUGGAACGGACUCAUUACACUGGAAAAUGUAUGCUUACAGAUCCAGUAUCAGUAGCGGAUUCCCAAGUUUAUGAGAUCAUGAAAAAUACUGAAGUAUUUAAGGAAAAGAAGCGACAAAGACGAGGCCUUGAAUUGAUCGCCAGUGAAAACUUUACAACGAAAGCAGUAUAUGAUGCUUUGGGUUCAGCAAUGUCGAAUAAAUAUUCUGAAGGGUAUCCUGGCGCUAGGUAUUAUGGAGGUAACAUGUUUACUGACCAAAUGGAAAGGUUGUGCCAAAAACGAGCUUUGAAGGUAUUCGGACUGAACCCUGAGAAAUGGGGAGUGAAUGUUCAAGCGCUUUCUGGCGCUCCAGCAAAUUUCGCUGUGUACACAGCUAUCGCGGAACCUAAUGGUCGCAUAAUGGGAUUAGAUUUACCUGAUGGUGGACAUCUUAGUCACGGAUUUUCAACUCCACAACGGAAAGUUUCUGCUACUUCAAUGUUCUUCCAGUCUAUGCCAUACAAAGUGAACCCACAAAGUGGAUUAAUUGAUUAUGAUGCUCUAGAACAGAGUGCAGUGCUUUUCAGACCGAAGAUCAUAAUUGCAGGAGUUAGCUGUUAUGCGCGUCACUUGGACUACUCGCGUUUCCGAAAAAUUGCUGAUAAGUGUGGCGCGUAUCUGAUGGCAGAUAUGGCCCAUAUUUCUGGUCUUGUAGCUGCAGGUGUUGUGCCGUCACCAUUUGAAUAUGCGGACAUUGUUACCACAACAACCCACAAAUCACUGAGAGGUCCUAGAGGCGCUCUGAUAUUUUACAGAAAAGGCGUAAGGUCAGUUAACAAAAAAGGAGAGAAAGUAAUGUUUGAUUUGGAGUCAAAAAUAGAUUCAUCUGUUUUCCCAGGUCUACAGGGAGGCCCGCACAAUCACACUAUUUCAGGAAUCACAGUGGCACUUGGACAGUGUCUCACUGAGGAAUUCGUUUCAUAUUCAAAGCAAGUCUUAGCUAACGCACAGGCUUUGUCUGGGAGGUUGCUCGAACUGGGCUACAAAUUAGCAACAGGCGGUACCGAAAACCAUCUUUGUCUGGUUGAUUUGCGGCCUAAUGGUCUAGAUGGAGCGAAAGCUGAGCAUGUACUUGAUUUGGCUUCUAUUACUUGCAAUAAAAACACAUGCCCUGGAGAUGCUAGCGCUUUGAGGCCUGGCGGAAUCCGCCUGGGUACUCCAGCUUUAACAUCUCGUGGUUUGAAAGAAGAUGAUUUUGUUAAAGUGGCAGAUUACAUCCACGAAGGUAUUAAAAUCCUCUUGAAGUACCUGCCGCAAACUGGUAAAACGAUAAAGGAUUUGAAAGAAUUUACUGCGAAAGAUGAAGCUUUUAAAAGGGAAAUUGAGGAUUUAAGAAAAGAAGUUGAAGAAUUCUCUUCUCACUUUAGCAUUCCUGGAAAUGAGGAAAUCUAG